CCGCAACUCCGUGUUAUGUAUUGAAUUAUCAAGACAUCUGUUCAGUUGAAUCCUCUUUAGCCUGUAAAUAAUUCUAUCACUAACAAGUAAAUGAUAUGAUAACUCCAGCAGCUGGCUGUUGAGAGCCAAAUUACCAAUUUACAUUCACUACUUUGCUUCUUGUCAUACUAGGUACUUCAGGCACGUGUUUUGUAGCUAGUUGGACAGAUUCGUUCAUUUCUUUCAUCAUGCCACCACGGAAACAAGUCCCCAAAAAGGGGCCAUCUCAUGCGAAGAUGUCGGAAACGAAGGAAGAUUUCGAGGAGGAGCUCAAGUUAAUGGCCGGCCAAUCAAAGGAUGAUACCUGGUCCAAUUGGGCAAUUCAGCAGGGUAUCGUCUAUGGCAAAGCCCUGUCGCUCAUUACGCUCAUGGCUGUCUACGCCAAUGUCUCCCUACUGACUUUAUCGCCUGUAUAUGGUCAAAUUGCCGCGACCAGGUUACAUGAGAGGGUUGUUUGGUCAGCCCUGUUUGUAGGAUGGGGAGGAAAUCUAGCUCUAAGGCGAGCCUUACCGGUGAAGACCAUCACGCUGUUACCCCUGGUGGCCGCGUAUAUCCCCUUGGCGCAAUUCCUCCUCUUCCAAGCGAGCGAAAGCUUUGGCGCAAAGCUAGGACCGGCUAUUACUGAAGCCUUUACAUUAUUCCCUCUAGCUAUGCUCAGUACAGCCUGCCUUGCGGAUGUCCUCGAAGGUGCUGAUCUAAGCCGCUUGCCGAAAUCCAUUGCGGGCUCUGCGCCUGGUCUAGGUUCAUAUGCUGCUCUCAAAUACAUAGAAAACAAAUCGAUGCAACAAUUGAUAGCGCAGAUCGGCAAAUCAGUCUUCCAGACUCGCAUAGGUUUAGAGCUCGUCCUAGCAUCAGCGUAUAGUGUUUUAGCCCGAUCGAAACUCAUAGUUUGGGCUAUUCCGGCGCUUCUACACACGGCGUUUUACAACACACAUCUCAUGACGCCUAUGGCUACAAAUUCUCUAAAUUCAACACUUCAUGCUAGCGGAUGGUCACUGGUUGACCGGGCAGAGUCAACCACAGGGUACAUCUCGGUUUUGGAUAAUCACAAGGAUGGGUUUCGAGCUAUGCGAUGUGACCAUAGUCUACUCGGCGGCGAAUGGACCAAAUUUGAGCGCAAGAUAGUUGCAGAGCCAAUCUAUAGCGUCUUCACUCAACUUGAAGCUGUGCGCCUCGUCCAAACUCCGAAUAAAGUAACUGACAAUGAAGCAAAGGCUCUGAAUAUUGGUCUUGGGAUCGGGACUUCACCGUCAGCUUUGAUAGCUCAUGGUAUCGACACCACUAUUGUCGAAAUCGACCCCAUGGUCUAUGACUUCGCUAAGAAAUAUUUUGGGUUGCCAUCAAAUCACACGGCGGUCAUUCAAGACGCCAUUUCCUGGAGUCAAUCCAAUAAGGAUGAGCUCCACGAAAACUACGACUACAUCAUCCAUGACGUAUUUACAGGCGGCGCAGAACCAAUCCCACUAUUUACAGAAGAAUUCCUGUCAGGUCUAAAACACAUGUUGAAGCCCAACGGCGUGAUAGCUAUUAAUUACGCUGGUGACUUCACACUCCCACCUCUCGGCAUCGUCAUGAAUACGAUCAAAUCAGUCUUCCCAUCAUGCCGAAUCUUCCGAGAAGGAGAACCACCUUCGGCAGAGACAGUCGAGGAAGCAGGACGCGACUUCGACAAUGUCAUCGUCUUCUGCACCAAGACGGAUGAGAAAGUUACCUUCCGGAAGCCCACCGAUGCCGACUUCCUUGGUAGUCUAUCCAGGAAAGCAUACCUCUUCCCUAAGCACGAAGUGGAUGAAUCGUCCUUCUCAGCUACUGCUGCGGAUGCCGGAAUUCUCAGAGUGAACGAGACCGAGAAGCUAGUGAAGUGGCAUGAUCAGAGCGCCCUUGGUCAUUGGGCUGUCAUGAGGACCGUAUUACCAAAAAAUGUCUGGCAGCAGUGGUGAAAGAAAGGUGUAUGCGAGUUCUGUACGUUCCGUUAUGACGAGAUAUACCCAUGUACCUACCUAGUAGAGUUAAUACUGCUGUAUGUUAAGAGUGCUUUUUUCAUAUUAGAUUCCAAUCAUGGAGGCCUUCGUAAACCG